GGGAGAGAGAGAGAGAGACGGGAGAGAGAGAGAGAGACUCGCUCCUCUCCACAUCCAUCUCAAAACACAAUUGGGAAGAGAGAGAAAGAAAGAGGGCGCCUUCCCUCUACAUUAUCCAUCUCUUUAAGGGAAGGAAACCCUUGAAGCGGGAAGCAGGAAGGGCUCCUUUUCGCUCUUCAUUCAUCUUCUUCAAUUUGAGAAGAAGAGAGAAAGCGGGAGGUGGAUGUGACUUGAUCUCAGUGCUAAGACUUUAGUCGACGAGGCUCCUCAAAGAGGGCGAACUGCGCCGCUUUGUAAAAUCGGUUUGAUUAUUGACCCCAAAGGUGUGAAGCCGCGAUGAGAGCCCUGCCGCUCUUCCCGGCCUGGGUCUGCUGGCUCGGCCUCUUCUGGCUCCAAGCGGAGGGAUUGCCUCCUCCGAGGAACCCCGCUCCUCCUCCUCCUCCUCCGGCGGUGUGGCAGCAGCGGAUCCAGUGGGAGAACAACGGGCAGGUGUUCAGCCUCCUCAGCGUGGGCUCGCAGUACCAGCCCCCGCGGCGGAGGCACAGCUCGGAGGCGCCGCAAGGCAACCACGUCCUGCUGCUCCGGGGGAACGGGACGGCCCCGCGGAGGGCUGCCUCUCCCGCCGCCGCGCCCUCCCUCGCCCCCGCCGAGAGGCAUUGGUUCCAAGCGGGAGGAGGAGGAGGAGGAGGAGGAGGAGGGCGAGGCCGCGGGAGCGAGGCAGCAUCGCCGCCGCCGCCGGAGAGCGCACCCUCCCGGUCGGGCAACAACAGCAGCAGCCACACGCCUCCGCUGAACAGCUUGCCUCGCCGCCGCGAUGACGUGAUGCAGGGCGACGACCCCUACAACCCUUACAAAUACACCGACGACAACCCGUAUUACAACUACCACGACACCUACGAGAGGCCCCGGCAGGGCAGCCGCUACCGGCCCGGCUAUGGCACGGGGUACUUCCAGUACGGUCUUCCUGAUUUAGUUCCAGAUCCUUAUUACAUCCAAGCAUCCACUUAUGUCCAGAGGACAUCCAUGUACAACCUUAGGUGUGCUGCUGAGGAGAACUGCUUGGCAAGCUCUGCUUACCGGGGAGAUGUCAGAGAUUAUGACAACAGAGUACUUCUGAGAUUCCCUCAAAGAGUGAAAAACCAAGGCACUUCGGAUUUCUUGCCAAGCCGACCACGAUACUCAUGGGAGUGGCACAGCUGCCAUCAACAUUAUCACAGUAUGGACGAAUUCAGCCAUUAUGACUUACUUGAAGCAAGCUCACACAGGAGAGUAGCUGAGGGACAUAAAGCAAGCUUUUGUCUUGAAGAUACAUCUUGUGACUAUGGAUAUUAUAGGAGAUAUGCAUGUACUGCACAUACCCAGGGACUGAGUCCUGGCUGUUACGACACAUACAAUGCUGACAUAGACUGCCAAUGGAUUGAUAUUACAGAUGUAAAACCUGGAAAUUACAUAUUAAAGGUUAGUGUGAAUCCUAGCUACUUGGUACCGGAAUCAGACUAUUCCAACAACAUAGUGCGUUGUGAUAUCCGCUAUACAGGCCACCAUGCAUAUGCCUCUGGUUGUUCAAUUUCUCCAUACUAAGCUGAAAGAAAAUGUAUGAAUCGGAGACCGUUGUUGCAAAACAAUUAUUUUAUAAACUGAGAUAGGAUGUAAAAACUUCUGAAAACUUAAAAAGAACCAGAGUAUAUACAAAGAAUUUUAAUGCAAGUCUGAAGCAUUAAGACCUCUUUUGGAAUAAAUUGUGUUACUCAAUUAACACAUUCAGCAUUUGGGAGCAGUGAGAGAUUGGUGCUUUAUACCCAGAAUUUUGAAUUCUCCAGGAAGUUUUACAGUUCACAGAAAUGUUUUCUUUUGCCUACUGGAAAUCAGUACACUAUCUGUGAAUGUGUUUUAAGAACAAUUUAAAAGAGUGUUCAAAUAGGCUGAGAUCCAAUAGGUUUCAUCUGAUGUUUCAUGUUUGCUCAAUGGAAGCUAGUAUGUUGUUUUUAAGAGGGGGUUUUUCUUGUCUGUAGUUUCACAAAAUUUCUUUUGAUAUUCCCCUUUUUGUUUUAAGUUUUUUUUUUUUGCUAUAUGGUCAGGGCACUACUGUCCAAAGUCUUUUUGGGAUCAUGGAAAUAAUGUUACAUUGAUUUAGAAUGUAAUUAUAUAAGGAAUAGGAAAUAUCAGUGAUCAUGUGGCAAACCCUGAACCAACUGGUGAUCGAAACUUCCAUCACUAUUUUUUUUAAAUUAGGUUAUAAAAGGAUUUAUGGUGCUUUAAAGAUUUGUGAAAAAGAACACUUGGAUUUGAAUGAAUUGGAUUAAACCUGAGUAUGUGUACAGCAGAAAAAUACGAAAGUUUACAAACAAUAUGUCCUGGUAUGUUUCAUUAUUUGAAGUAAAUUCAAAUCACUGUUUAUAAUAGAAGCUAGAUUGUUUGAAAGAUCAAUAGUAAUAUAUCCAAGUGGUAUCCUACAGCAAGCCUGAGAAGCCUGGAUUUUCUGGAUGAUAAUAUAUGUUUUUCAGGAACUCAUGUACUUAAAUUGUCUGUUUAGAUAGAUGGAAUGAGGUUUUUUAAAACUUCUACACACAGUACUAUAGUACUACACUGUGAUCAUUUCUGACAGGUGAUAGCAUGUACUGGCAGUUAGGUGGACAAAUUCAGUUCAACCAUUAAAUACCCCCAUGAGAAGUAAUUUAUAUCAAUAGGAGUCUUCUCCCCACUACCAGUUUGCUGAAAGGGCCUUCUAAAUAGCUGCUGGCUGUGCUAGAUAAAACUAGGAAAACUGCUCAAUUUUGACUGCAUUCCAUGGUGUGUAUGUCCUUUCGGCUGGCAAUUGAUGUUAACUCCAUGGAUUUUAUAAAGUUUAAUGAACACUCAGUUGAUUUUUCCUGCCCCUUUCUUGGAAAUAUAGGCUACAGCACAAUUUGUAAAAGGAAACUUUCAUGUAUUUCUUAAUUUCUUUCCUGCAUUCAAUUGAUGGUUUGGCUUCUGAGCAAUGCAUACUUUUACAUCAUCUGGGUGAUUCCCAGACAUCUGUAGACUAUUGUCUAUAACUAAAGUGUCAGCCACACGAAUUCUACUUGCAGCAAGGGAGUUCCUUUCUGUCCUCCUUGUUGCCCCAAAUCUGUUCUUCUACCAUAAGCCUGCAAAGCAAACUAAAGUACCACAAUAGACAAAUAUAGCAAGAAUCAGUUCCACCAGCAGAUAGACAUAGCUGGAUUUCACCAUUUUGUUAGUACUGAAGCUUGUUUUAUUCCUCAGAUUUGGGGCAAGAACACACUUUUUGAUUUGUCUGAUGUGACUGAGUUUGAGAAAUUUGUUCUUUCAACUUGUCAGUAACGCCAUAUCUGUUUCUCAUGUGUACUGAACCAUCAGACAUGGCAUGUAGCUAUUCAAUAUUACAAACUGCUGUGACUCCAUAUUAUGGAAAUUUAGGAAUUUAGGAUUGGGUAACAACUUAAAAUUAUCUAGCCCACUUCCACACACUAUAUUAAUAGGGUUUUUUUGGCAGGAGAAUAUAAAAAAACUACAAAUCUCAGGAUUCCAUGACAGCCAAAUUGGUUUCCAUUUCCCCCCUUUCAACAAUGUACUUAGCAUAUGCCAACAAUUAUAAUUCCUUUGCAAUACACAUAGAUGCUACUAAGCUUACUUAUACAUAGGCUUUUUUUAAAUAAAAGAAGUGUUGUUGUGGCAGCAACAGAAAAAAUGGCUAGCAACAAGGAGCUGGUGACUACUGAGAGGAGCAGUGUCUCAAAGCUGAUAGCUCCAUGUUGGCAGCUAAAGUGGUAGGAAUAGCCUGCCUGACACUUUGGGUAACUAUGCUAUACAGGUUACUUUCCCAUUACAAAACGUUCCUUCUCUGUUGUUAAUUUUUGAACAGAAUUAUUUAACACUUCUGGAUACCACCCCUAGCUGAGAUGUCCAUGAUCAGUUAUUUUAAUAUAAAAUAUACUAUUUUAGAAAUAACCACUGCAAUGUGGAAAAUCUUCCUGUGGUCCCUAGAAGACUGGAGAAUCAAUGGAUCACAUCUUAUAAUAAUCAUCAGAUCUAUUCACUUCCCAACUGGAUAACACACCUAACAUGGAGAUCGGUCACAAAACUAUUUUUCACUGUUUCCAAAAUUGGCUUGUAUUUAUGGAGAAAUUGCUAUUCCAAGCAUUUUAUGAUCCUUGAUUAAACUUAAGGGAUUUCUGAUGGUAAAAUAUAAUGAGCAUUUUUCCCAGUCAGCCUCUUUGUACAUUCCUAUAAUUUUUGUUGGACUUAACUGAAGUGGUAUGUGCAUAUCAUUGAAGUGCCUUACAAUAGCAAAAACAUUUGUUUCACAUUCCAGAUAUUACAAUGGUGCUUACAUAUUUUAACUUGAAUAAAAAAAGAACUUUAUAAGCAAUCAAAUGUUACAAAUUCAAUGAAAAGUCACUCGUAACUUCUUGAAGGAUGGAAAAAAAUAUUUACUGCAAUUCUUCAAAGAUCCUUACUUUUGAAAUCUAUACAUCUUUCUCUGAAAUGUUAUUUAUAAAUAUUAGUACACUAGCUUUGUAUUCUUCACUGCACUUCCAUAUUCUUGUGUUCCAUUCUUGUAUCAUGGUUGCAAAUUUCUGUGAAAAUGACCUGAAUAAAAGUGUUUCAAAUGCUCAGAA